AUGGCUGGGGAAGUGCCGGUUGCCAUCGUGGUGGACAGCGACAGCUCGAUAGAGGAGAUUUCCAGCACCUGGGGUACAGCUCCGUCUUGUGAAGUCAGCAGUAAUUCUGAUGUAAUUUCUGUGAGUACUAUGGAGCAAAUUCCUCCUGCAACUCCUCUUAGACCAAGCACAGAAAACCUUGCAUAUGAAGUAAUCAAUAAAAAGAGAAAUAUUGAAGAAAUCUGCAUUUGCUGUGGAAGUUGUGAGAUCCAUGCCCAGCAUCCUUUGUUCCAUGGGGGAAUCUGUGCUCCAUGCACGGAGCGAUUUUUAGAAAAAUUCUUCCUCUGUGAUGAUGACGGGUAUGAGGCUGACUGUGCAAUUUGCUGCCUGGGUGAAUCACUAGUAAUGUGUGAUGAUCCAGGGUGCAUAAGAUCUUUUUGUACAAAAUGUUUGAAUGAACUUGUUGGACAAGGAACAGCAGAGGAAGUCAGAAAAAUUAGUCCAUGGAUUUGUUUUUUGUGUUUGCCUUUUCAUGUCCAUGGAGUUCUGAAGAAGAGGACAAACUGGCGUACAGAAUUGAAGUUCUUCUAUGAUCAGGAAUCGAAUCUCUGGAUAUACCAGCCUUUAUCUCCAUGGGAAAGAAAAUCAAUUAAUGUGCUCUCCCUUUUUGAUAAUAUUACUCAGGAACUGAAAUGCUUUGGGUUUCUGGGGAAAAGUACGGGCAAUGGAAGGGUAAAGUAUCUGCAUGAUGUCACAGAUGUGGUGAGAACUCAUAUCGAGGAAUGGGGCCCAUUUGAUGUUGUAUUUGGCUCUACACCUGCCCUUGGAAAUUCAUAUGAGCAUCCACCUGCCUGGUAUAUUUAUCAAUACGUUCGUAUUCUUCAAUACAGUAGACCCCCAGAAAGAAGCAGGCCUUUUUUCUGGAUUUUUCUUGAUAAUUUGGUCCUGGAAGAAGAAACCAGGGAUGCAGCCUGUCGUUUUUUAAAGACUGACGCAACCAUGAGGAUCAAGCUGGACAAAAGCACCAUCCAGAAUGUUGUACACAUAUGGAGCAACAUUCCAUCAGUUAACAGCAAAUAUUCUGGUGCAUCAUUAUAUGUGGAUUUGUUUAAACUGGCAAAGGACAUAUGCAGAAAAAGAAUUUUUUCAGAGCGGCCAGCCACACUAAUUAAGGAGUUUUUUGUUCCUUUGAAAGAAUAUUUUAGGACUUUUUAA